ACCACAGAACAGACUUAUCUCGGAACUACAUCUGAAGUUUAAAGUCAGAGUUUGCCACGUGAGACUCUCUCCCAGCUCAGCUCUCCCUUGUGUAACCAACCUGCUGGUGCUGCUGCUGCAGCUACAUUACACACACUUUGAACUUUAGACCAGCUACUAGAGGAACAAAACCCUCCGAGCUGCUGUGACCAUCAGAGCUGGACGCCAGUCAGUCAGUCAGCUGUCAGCUGGACACGCAAACAACAACAGGAUUGUGUUGACAAGAAAACUAUUGACUCCGACACUCUCGAAUCUCUUUCAGAAAUGCACCGACCGACCCUGGUGGCACUUGUGGUGCUUCUCUGCGCUUUACACUCGGUAGAUGGAGGGAAAGUCUUGGUGUGCCCUGUGGACGGAAGCCACUGGAUCAACAUGAAAGUCCUCAUCGAGGAGCUUCACUCCAGAGGCCAUGAAAUCACGGUGCUGCGGCCAUCAGACAGCUGGUACAUCAAGCCAGAGUCCCCAUAUUACAAGUCCAUCACUAUAUUUCCUUCUGGUUUUGAUGAAGAACAGUUUGGGUCAUUUGUAAUCAGAAUGAUGAACAUGCGGCGGGAAGGUGCUUCACUUUGGACCCGUAUAUCUCUGGAGUAUGAACUAGUGGAGCAGUUCUAUCAGAUGAAUAAGCAGUCGCUUGAGAUGUUGGGGAAGUUGUUUGAGAAUACCACAAUGAUGCAGGAACUCCAUGACGCCAAAUAUGAUUUGGUUCUGACAGAUCCUGCGAUUGGUAUAGGGGUGCUUCUGGGUCACCGUUUGGGUCUUCCACUUGUCUUUAAUGUUAGGUGGACCAUUCAGGGUGAGGGGCAUCAUGCAAUUACACCUUCCCCAUUUUCCUAUGUCCCGAUACCAGGGACAGAGUUGACUGACAAGAUGACAUUUUUCCAGCGACUCAAGAACGUGCUUUACUUUUUCUUCACUCGUUUACAAAUUUGGUAUGUCACGGACCCAAACUACAUACCAUUUGUCCAGCGUUACUUCGGGAACGAUGUGCAUUACAUGGAGCUGUUUCAGUCUGCAGACAUCUGGCUGAUGAGGAACGAUUUUACCUUUGAGUUCCCGCGACCCACCAUGCCAAACAUCGUCUACAUGUCUGGAUUCCAAUGCAAACCCUCCAAGCCGCUGUCUAAGGAACUAGAGGAUUUUGUCCAGAGCUCUGGUGAACAUGGGGUCAUCGUUAUGACAUUAGGAACCUUGGUGGCAAAACUUCCUGAGGACAUCACCAAGGAGAUUGCCGCUGCUUUUGCCCAACUUCCUCAGAAGGUGAUCUGGAGGCACAAAGGCAAAAGACCGUCCACCCUCGGCAACAACACCUUACUAUUGGAAUGGCUGCCUCAAAACGACCUCCUGGGACACCCCAAGACCAGAGCUUUUGUGGCCCAUGGUGGCACCAAUGGAAUGCAAGAGGCAAUCUACCACGGCGUACCCCUGGUUGGCCUGCCCCUCAUGUUUGACCAGCAGGACAACUUCUUCAGGAUGAAAGCAAGAGGUGUGGCUAAAGUCCUAGACAUUGCAACUGUGAACAAAGACAACUUUCUGGAGGCGCUGAAGGAGGUUCUCUAUGAGCCGACCUACAGGGAGAAGAUGAAAACACUGUCCAGCCUGCACAGAGAUCAGCCCACGAAGCCACUGGACCGCGCCAUGUUCUGGAUCGAGUUUGUCAUGAGGCACAAAGGUGCGAAGCAUCUAAGGACAGAGUCUUACAAGAUGUCCAUGAUCCAGUACCAUUCGAUCGAUGUGGCGGCAUUUCUGUUUGCAGUUAUUUCGCUAGUAUUUAUUGUUUUCAUCUCUGCAGUGAAGUUUCUGUGGCGUAGAGUGUUUUGUCAAAGCAAAGUCAAAAAGGAAUAAUGAGUAUGGCAAGAUGGUCAUGUCACAUGUUCGGAAUCCUGAUUUCUCACGAACAAAACAACAACAUUUCUGUAUUUAGAGUCCAGCGCAGGACUAACAGUCUUACACAGGUUUCCUAACAGGCCUGACCGUGUUAGCUGAAUGCACCCACAAACGCCACAGUUCUGUUUGCAUUUUUGUUAGUUUGAAGGACAUUUGAAAAAUCUGUAAAUAAUUAGGAAUAUUUUUGAAGGAUUUUUUGCAGGUUUUUUUUGUCGUAAUAUUUUACAUCACGUUACCCUCAUAAACUACUGCGUUUAACUGGUGUGAUGUAAAAUAUAUUUUUUAAAAAGCGGCACAUAUGUCUUGUGAUUGUCUAUAAAGAGUUGGUCUUGUGUGCUGCACAACCAUGCAACAUAUCCACUGCUUCACAAAAGUGUGAUUAUAUAAAUGUGUACCUCUGCAUAUACUUAAGGUUUCAAUAAAUGUAUCAUCAUGUCA